CCGGGAUCGCGCUCCUCCCGCCCUCGCGCCGGGUCCCGCUGGGUUUCUCAGAGCGACACACUCCCCAAAGCUCCUGCCAGGGCAGUCGCCUCCGCCGCGGCUCCUCAGCCCGGCGCCUCAGCUCAGGCCCUUCCACGCCCUGUCCCAGGCCUCCUCCCCCCCUUUCUCCACUCCCCCCUCCGCUUCCCGCCUUCUCUCCCUCCGGGUCCGCCGAGAGAGCCUGGAUACGAAGCAGGCGGGCUUGAGAAGGGGCUUGGAAAAAUGGAGGUGCCGCGCCUGGAUCGUGCCCUCAACAGCCCCACCAGCCCCUGUGAGGAGGUGAUCAAAAACCUCAGCCUGGAGGCCAUUCAGCUGUGCGACCGGGACGGGAACAAAUCACAAGACAGUGGUAUAGCAGAGAUGGAAGAACUUCCUGUACCACAUAACAUAAAAAUAAGCAAUAUUACAUGUGACUCGUUCAAGAUUUUAUGGGAAAUGGAUUCAAAAUCAAAGGACCGUAUCACACACUAUUUCAUUGACCUCAACAAGAAAGAAAACAAGAAUUCUAAUAAAUUUAAACACAAGGAUGUUCCAACAAAAUUGGUGGCAAAAGCUGUUCCCUUGCCUAUGACUGUUCGUGGACACUGGUUUCUGAGCCCAAGAACUGAGUAUACAGUAGCAGUACAGACUGCUUCGAAACAAGUUGAUGGUGAUUAUGUUGUGUCUGAAUGGAGUGAAAUUAUAGAAUUCUGCACAGCAGACUAUUCAAAAGUUCAUCUAACACAACUGUUGGAAAAGGCUGAAGUGAUUGCAGGACGUAUGCUUAAAUUUUCUGUUUUUUAUCGUAAUCAGCACAAAGAAUAUUUUGACUAUGUUCGAGAACAUUAUGGGAAUGCUAUGCAGCCCUCUGUCAAGGAUAACAGUGGCAGCCAUGGCUCUCCCAUCAGUGGAAAAUUAGAAGGCAUCUUCUUCAGCUGCAGCACUGAAUUCAAUACUGGGAAGCCACCCCAGGAUUCACCUUAUGGAAGAUACAGGUUUGAAAUUGCAGCAGAAAAACUUUUUAACCCCAAUAGUAACUUAUAUUUUGGGGACUUCUACUGUAUGUACACUGCUUAUCAUUAUGUGAUUCUUGUUAUUGCCCCUGUGGGAUCACCAGGAGAUGAAUUCUGUAAGCAGCGCCUUCCUCAGCUAAAUUCCAAGGAUAAUAAAUUUUUGACCUGCACAGAAGAAGACGGGGUGCUGGUUUACCAUCAUGCCCAGGAUGUCAUUUUAGAAAUCAUUUACACUGACCCUGUGGAUCUUUCUCUGGGCACUGUGGCAGAAAUCACUGGUCAUCAGCUCAUGAGUUUGUCUACUGCAAAUGCAAAGAAAGAUCCCAGCUGCAAAACCUGUAAUAUCAGUGUUGGACGUUAAUGCCCACUUUCUUACUUAGCCCCUCUCUUCCCUUAGGAGCACUGAUCCUCUGUUGUCCAUUUUCACCACCAGAUGUUUUCCACUGAAGCAUGCACAUGCCGCUAUCACCAAAAUCAGACUGCCAUAUUUCAAAUUUCAUUCAGAGUUUUAGUGUUUCCUAUUCCCUACCCUUCCUACUACUUUCAAUGAUGAAGUAUCCUACGUUCUCCUUCUGACACUUUAUUGCCUAGAUGCUGCAAUGUUUUUAUUUUUCUUUUAUGCCAAACAUAACAAAACAAUUCUAUAUAGACUGCUUUAGCAAAAUAUCCAAUAAUGGCUUAUAAAUGGUGUUUAAAUAUGCGUUCAUUUUAAUCUACUGAAAAAAUACUGGGAUAACUCCAAACCGCAUGAAAGGAUGUAAUUGCAGCAUGAAUUAAAUCUUGAUGCCUAGAAUUGUCAGCACUUCCAACUUGUUGUUUGACAGUGUUAUUUAUGUUAUUUAUAUUAGCUAACAGGAAACAACUACUGUGUUUCAACAUAAUAAAUAUAAUAGAAAAAUAUUUUAUUUGUAUUGUUGUAUAAAAUAUUUACAAUCAUAGAAUAUAUAGAGUUACAUUUUAAUUGUAUACAUGUCACGAAACCAUUUCCCUUAUCAAAGAUUUAGUUUGUAAACCUCAAAGAGUUGUGUUACCUAUCCUGUUACAAGUAGUUGACUGUAAUUAAACACAUUUAUGAAGGA